AUGUUGCCUCAGCCGUGCCGUCGUCCCCGGAGCCCGGCGACCCUCCCCGGCCGGUCGCCGCCGCCUCUGCGGGCCGGCGCCGCCACCUCUGUCAACCACAGCUGCCCAGACCUGCUCGGGCUGAGCCGAGCUUCAGAGGUUAGCCUCCGCACCGCCGCCCCUUGGACCACCUCUGCCGCCUUCUUCGAAGCCUCGGCAACCCUCCCAGUCGGACGUUGCCGCCCCAGCAAGUCGUCGCCGCCGCCGCGCGCCUUAGGCGCCGCCGCCCCAGCCUGCAGACCGAGCCAAGCUCGGGCGGCCACACCCGAGCCGCGAGCCGCCGCCGCUGUCGCCCGCCGCCUCCUUCCUCCUCCUCCGGCCUCUGGAAACCCACCGCCGAUGUCUCCUACCUACCCCGGCCGCCGUCGGGGCCGCAGCUGCUCUGGAACCUGA